CCAUGACUCUUAUCUCCACGGGUGGGCCGCCUCCUGCUGCUUCGUCGGAGAUCUCCCACCGCGCCCACCCGGGGCACAAGCUGACGCUGGUGCCGACGGGCCAGGCCGAGUUCAAGUGCGACGGCUGCCAUGAGCACGGCACGGGCGGCGACAGGUACACCUGCCUGCAGCUGUCUUGCCACUUCGACCUCCACAAGGACUGCGCCCUCGCACAGCCCACCUUCAAGCACCAGCUGCUGCCCGAUAGCACGUUCGAGAUCUCCUUCGAGGCCCCCCGUGCCAAGCACAGGCAGCUAUGCAGUGCUUGCGGCGGCUACGUGAAGGGCUUGCACUACCACUGCUAUAGCAAGGACCUGUACCUCCACCCGUGCUGCGCCAAGUUGCCUCUGGAGAUCCUGCUGGGUGAUGAGCUCAAGUUCGAGCUCCGCCCGGAGGUGUCUCACUGCUGCACCAAGUGCAGGAAAGGUGGCGGCGUCAGGGAUUUCUGGUUCUACCGCUCCACCUACAAGACCGUGUACCUGCAUGUCCGUUGCGUGAUAGAGGAUGUUCUUGCUGAGUAA